AUGCCAUAUAAUUUUCAACUUUUUUUUGAAACAUUUUUGUUUGAGAAACACGAUGGGUAUGUCCUAAUUGAUGAGGGAAUAGUUGAUGAAGUUGAUUAUGUCCUAAUUGAUGAGGGAAGAAACCCAUUGCUGAUAAGUGGUGAGGCUAGCAAGGAUGCUGCACGUUACACAGUUGCAGCUAAAGUAGCUGAGCUUCUCAUGCGUGGCCUUCUUAAGGAUAAUUCAGUGGAGUUGACAGAAGAAGGAAUAGCCCUAGCUGAGAUGGCUCUAGAAACAAAAGAUCUAUGGGAUGGGAAUGAUCCUUGGGCUAGAACACCCAUAUCAAACAUCCAUACUAGACCAACAAAGCUAAUACUGGAAACUAUCAUUGCUGAAACAUCAGUGACAAUACUUGGAAUUAAGUAUGUGAUUGAUCCUGGAUGGGUAAAAGUGAGGAGUUACUCUCCUGAUAGUGGCAUUGAGUCUCUAACUAUUCUUACAACUUCAAAAGCUCAACCUCUUCAAAGGAGUGGGCGUGCAGGGCGUGAAGGAGCUGGGAAAUGCUUCUGUCUUUAUCCAGAGAGCAGAUUUGAGGGACAUGAUGAUUCCACAAUGCCAGAGAUCAAAAGAGGAAACCUUUCUAAUGUUAUUUUGUAG